GCUUUUGCCCCUAAUUCUUCUUGGUUGCAUCAAUCCAUAAACUAAAUGCAUUCCGAAACUAAGAUCAACCCUUCGUCUUAUCUGUGGAUAUGUUUUGUUUUGCCAACUCUCAUCACAAAGUAUCCAGAACUAGGCACACUACUAGAGGGAUGAACUAACUAGCUUCCAGCAGUGGUGUUACCACCUACCUUGGAAGAUGUAUGGUGCAUUUUUCCCACUAUAGGGUCUUCAGUAAAAAGUAUAGUAUCUGGUACCACACAUAAGAUACUCAAUGGAUAUUUGUUAAAUGAACAAAUGAAUGAAUAAAUGCCUCUUAAGAUACAUUAGAUUCUUUUGGAAAUCUUCCUUAUUCUAGGUUCAUGUGUCUGUGGACACGUUUUCAACUGGAUUGACUGUUUAGGUCAGUUCUUCAAAAUCCAUACUUGGGGGGGAAAAUCUCUAUGAAUGUUAAUGCAGAGCUAGCAAACAUUUAUAUAGAACAUUGCCCACAAAGCUCAAAGGAAAUUAAGCCAAAAUGAUCAAAUGCUGAUGAUUUCCCCAGGGAAGUGUCCUUGUCCUUCUACAGAGAAAUAGUCUCCAAACCUACAUUGCUAAAAUAGCCUAUCUUCCAGCGUCCAAACGUGACAGUCAAAAGAAACCAAGAAAAGGAGCGGCGCUGGAAGCUGCCUCCUUCGCAGUUCUGCGCGUGUAAAUGCAAGCAGUUUACAAGAGAUUAUCUCCUGUCUGAAUAGGAAAGAAGCCUCUCUAAUCUUCGAGUACCGAAGGUUUCUCAUUCCUCUUCCUCUUGCUCUUUCUCCUCUUCUUCAUCGGAGUUAAAACAGGAGCUCUGCUAUUCUCUGAAAUAAUUGGCGUCCGAGACGGCGAUUCUCCAUCAAGUGAUGGGAAGAGUCGUAGCUGGCCAUCUCUACGACCCCCAACAGGCUCGCGGCGACAUUACCAAGGAGGCCCUCUGCCACUCACAGCCCACAGCAGAGGCCGCCUCUGCUUUGACCAGUUGGUCAGAUAUUCUCUGUUUUGAAGAUGCAACACGCAAUCGACUUUCUGGCAGCACAGUGCAAAGUUGAGGGAAAGGGAGAAGGUGCGUGCGUGUAUGCCUGUGAGUCUCUGGAUCGGCGGCGUUGGGGCGGGCAGUAAAUAAAGGGUGGGGCCAGCGAGGGGAGGAGGAAAGCAAGGAUUGAGGGAAGCAAGAGAGCGGCUACGAUCCCACUUAACCUGCUGGAGCUCAUCCUGCUUGCUCAGAGCCCCUGCACCAACUCACCCAGUACCUUCUCUCCUUCCUCCUCUGUCUUUUCCCCUCCUUCUCUUGCUGCCCCCUCCACCCACCCCCUACUUUCGCAUCUGACCAGAGGACGAAUGAGGGAGACGUUCCUGCAAAUUGGGGCAGCAACUUUCCUCAGCUGGUCUCUUGGCUCCGGGAACAGGAGCGCGCUGAUCCUCCGCGGUCUGCGGCCCAUGGAGGAGGAGGAGGAGAAGCAAUGAUGGGCUAGCGGCAGAAGCGAGAAGCCCCGAGCAAGCCCAGCGUAGCGAGCCAGCUCCGCGUUCCCACGCCCAUUGCCUUGAUCUCUCUCCGUGGGGGAGCGCGCAGGGUGCAGACGCAGAGCAUCCCAGCGAGGAUGAGGCGGGGACCCGGACCGAGUGGGCUGCAUCUCGCCGGCGUGCGGCAGCGGCUGGGUCUCGGCAUGAAUUAAGAAGCUAGGAAGAUGGAGCGCCGCACACUCCUUGCCCAGCCCGGGCUCUGGACCAGGGACACCAGCUGGGCACUCCUCUAUUUCCUCUGCUACAUCCUCCCCCAGACUGCCCCGCAAGUACUCAGGAUCGGAGGGAUAUUUGAAACUGUGGAGAAUGAACCUGUUAAUGUCGAAGAAUUAGCGUUCAAAUUCGCAGUCACCAGCAUCAACAGAAAUCGAACCCUGAUGCCCAAUACCACAUUAACCUAUGACAUCCAGAGAAUUAACCUUUUUGAUAGUUUUGAAGCCUCACGGAGAGCGUGUGACCAGCUGGCUCUCGGUGUGGCUGCUCUGUUCGGCCCUUCUCAUAGUUCCUCUGUCAGUGCUGUGCAGUCUAUUUGCAAUGCUCUCGAAGUUCCACACAUACAGACCCGCUGGAAACACCCCUCAGUGGACAACAAAGACUUGUUUUACAUCAACCUCUACCCAGAUUAUGCAGCUAUCAGCAGGGCGGUCCUGGAUCUGGUGCUCUACUACAACUGGAAAACAGUGACCGUGGUGUAUGAAGACAGCACAGGUCUAAUUCGUCUACAAGAGCUCAUCAAAGCUCCCUCCAGAUAUAACAUUAAAAUCAAAAUCCGCCAGCUGCCCUCUGGGAAUAAAGAUGCCAAGCCUUUACUCAAGGAGAUGAAGAAGGGCAAGGAGUUCUAUGUGAUAUUUGAUUGUUCACAUGAAACAGCCGCUGAAAUCCUUAAGCAGAUUCUGUUCAUGGGCAUGAUGACUGAGUACUACCACUACUUUUUCACAACCCUGGACUUAUUUGCUUUAGAUCUGGAACUCUAUAGGUACAGUGGCGUAAAUAUGACUGGGUUUCGGCUGCUUAAUAUUGACAACCCUCACGUGUCAUCCAUCAUUGAGAAGUGGUCCAUGGAGAGAUUACAGGCUCCACCCAGGCCCGAGACUGGCCUCUUGGAUGGCAUGAUGACAACAGAAGCAGCUCUGAUGUACGACGCCGUGUACAUGGUGGCCAUUGCCUCCCACCGGGCUGCCCAGCUGACUGUCAGUUCCCUACAGUGCCAUCGACACAAGCCAUGGCGCCUUGGACCCAGAUUCAUGAACCUGAUCAAAGAGGCUCGGUGGGAUGGUUUGACUGGGCGUAUCAUCUUCAAUAAAACCGAUGGCUUGAGGAAGGAUUUUGAUCUGGACAUUAUUAGUCUCAAAGAGGAAGGAACUGAAAAGGCUGCUGGCGAAGUGUCUAAACACUUAUAUAAAGUGUGGAAGAAGAUUGGGAUUUGGAACUCCAACAGUGGGCUUAACAUGACAGAUGGCAACAAAGACAGGUCCAACAAUAUCACCGAUUCACUGGCCAACCGAACGCUCAUCGUCACCACCAUUCUGGAAGAACCAUAUGUGAUGUACAGGAAAUCUGAUAAGCCCCUCUACGGCAAUGACAGAUUUGAAGGAUAUUGCCUGGAUCUGUUGAAGGAAUUGUCAAACAUCCUGGGUUUCAUUUAUGAUGUUAAACUUGUCCCUGAUGGCAAAUAUGGAGCCCAGAAUGACAAAGGAGAGUGGAAUGGAAUGGUCAAAGAACUUAUAGAUCACAGGGCUGAUCUGGCAGUGGCUCCUCUUACCAUCACCUAUGUACGGGAAAAAGUCAUCGACUUCUCCAAGCCCUUCAUGACUCUGGGCAUCAGCAUUCUUUACCGGAAGCCCAAUGGUACCAAUCCAGGAGUCUUCUCCUUCCUCAACCCCCUGUCUCCUGACAUUUGGAUGUACGUGCUCUUAGCCUGCUUGGGAGUCAGCUGUGUACUCUUUGUGAUCGCAAGGUUUACACCCUACGAGUGGUAUAACCCCCACCCAUGCAACCCUGACUCAGACGUGGUGGAAAACAAUUUUACUUUACUAAAUAGUUUCUGGUUUGGAGUUGGAGCUCUCAUGCAGCAAGGAUCAGAGCUGAUGCCCAAAGCUCUAUCGACCAGAAUAGUUGGAGGGAUAUGGUGGUUUUUCACCCUAAUCAUCAUUUCAUCCUACACUGCCAAUCUGGCUGCCUUCUUGACAGUAGAGAGAAUGGAGUCCCCCAUUGAUUCAGCAGAUGAUCUGGCAAAGCAAACCAAGAUAGAAUAUGGGGCAGUCAGAGAUGGAUCGACAAUGACCUUCUUCAAGAAAUCAAAGAUAUCCACCUACGAGAAGAUGUGGGCUUUCAUGAGCAGCAGGCAGCAGACUGCCCUUGUGAAACACAGUGAUGAGGGAAUCCACCGAGUGCUCACCACCGACUACGCCCUCCUAAUGGAGUCCACCAGCAUUGAGUAUGUGACACAGAGAAACUGCAACCUCACUCAGAUCGGGGGCCUCAUUGACUCCAAAGGUUACGGAGUGGGAACGCCUAUCGGCUCUCCAUAUCGGGAUAAAAUCACUAUUGCUAUUCUGCAAUUACAAGAAGAGGGAAAACUGCAUAUGAUGAAAGAGAAGUGGUGGCGGGGAAAUGGCUGCCCUGAGGAAGACAGCAAAGAGGCCAGUGCUCUGGGAGUAGAAAAUAUUGGAGGCAUCUUCAUUGUUCUGGCUGCUGGACUGGUCCUUUCUGUAUUUGUAGCCAUUGGAGAAUUCAUAUACAAAUCACGGAAGAACAAUGAUAUUGAACAGAAAGGAAAGUCAUCAAGAAUUAGAUUUUAUUUUAGGAACAAAGUAAGGUUUCAUGGGAGAAAAAAACAAAGCCUUGGUGUAGAGAAGUGUCUCUCUUUCAACGCCAUCAUGGAAGAACUGGGAAUCUCACUCAAAAAUCAGAAAAAGUUAAAGAAAAAGUCAAGAACUAAGGGGAAAUCUUCCUUUACAAGUAUCCUUACUUGUCAUCAGAGACAAACUCAGAGAAAAGAGACUGUGGCGUGAUCUAAGAAAACAGCUGUAGGAAGGUUUCAGGAGGAAAAAGAAGAUGCUCGCUGCAGGUUUUUGGAGAAAGAAAUUCUGACAAGUGUGUGAUGUGUUUCCAUAUAUCUAUAAACAUAACUCUGAUUAUGUAUAUAGAUAUAGGAAAUACAAAAGUUCGAAAAGCUCACAUAGACGGAUAUUACUUGGGAAGUGGCACCAGUUCUUUUGAAAUGAAUUUCUAUGCUCACUUAUUUUGCCUUUUCUCUUUCAUCCCAAUAAAUUGCUGUGUGUGCUUUCUAACUAACAAUAAAAGAACAGGGUUUUUUUCCAGAA